AUGCCGCGCAAGCCCAAAGAAGGGCCUCGGUGGACAGCUGCGCGCCCCAGUGGAGAGCAAGAGCAGGAGCUCCUCGACGCGGAUGAAGACGUCUUGGGCAGCGUCUUCAACCGCCAACGACCGGAGUUUUACAACCCCUCCUGGUGCCUCACGCCCUUGAGGUCCACGCCGAUGGGCGACCAGGAUGGAGCUCAAGCGGAGGUGGGCAAUAUGCUGCGACCUGGACAUGAAAGAGGAACCUUGCGCUUGCCCGACCCCAGCGAGGCUGCGGCCAACCUGCUGGCACAAGCAGGUUUCUCCUUGAUGGCGCCCUUUGAGGAGCCGGAGGAGGGCAGCGGAGUGUUGCCUGCCUUGACCAUCCAGGCUUCGAGGGACUCGCUUCUUCUCCGACAGGAGAUCCAAGAGGCGGACGAGGCCUCGGACCACCGCGCAGACACGGGGCCGAUCGAACGGGAGGCGGAGCCCCAGCGGCCACCAGCCAUGCGGGCGGAUGCCUUUUUGGAUGCCGUCCGCGAGGCCGAACGUCGCUUGCAGCAGCCGAAGCAGGGACCUGGUACCCGGCGCGAGGAGGACGUGGCGUCCACCAUGAGCGGCGAGGACCUUACGGGGGCGGUUCUUCCAAAGGUGGCUGCAGUGGAGGAGGUCGAGCCAGAGGACCCAUUGGACGAGGUAGUGGCCCAAGCGUUGAUGGAGACCAUGCAGCAGGAGAAGACCGUGGCGGAAAAGAAGCAGAAGUUGGAGGCCAAAUCCUCCCAGGACCGUCUUCGUGCGGUGCAGCGAGGAGUCCGAUCCUACCAAAAGCUGCAGCACUUCAACCGCGCUAUGUGGGCUGAGACCUUCGGCUACGCCAAGGAGGAGCUCCGGUUCCGGGACUUUUGGGAAGCAGAGGACGUGAAAGAGCGGAGACUUGAAGACGCGAGGAAACUGCCCAGGUUGAGAGACCUAGUUCACUAG